UUACUGGAAUGUGUGCCAUAAAGUACUAAAGGAGGCUUGACCUGGUUGAAGAAGUGCCAUCUUAGUGCUUACAGAGUCGUUCUGCAAUUGCGACAGGAGAGAUUGCUGCCUCGCAAAUUACAGGCCAUGUCGGUCAAGGGUCGAAAGGUCGUGUAAGGACCGGGUGUAAAUACAGACUGCAGCACUACAAAAAGUAUCAAGUUGCGAUUCACUCAAACCCGGGUUGGUAUCCGCGAUAUUCACGACGUCUACCUAACAUCCUUCGUGGGCCUUCAGUACAGUGUUGUUUGUCCAGAAACAGGUAUACACGCAGCAGAUUUACAAAGCCUCGUCAGGUCUCGCUCCGUCCAUCACGGCAUUUCUGUAUUAGCAAGCACCAGACAUUUUGAAGCAGACUCGCAGUUUUCGAGUGCCGGUAUCAGCAAUGAGCAACAAGAAACCAACGUUCGUCCUCAUUCACGGAGCAUGGCACCAACCAGCACACUGGGACCCACUGAUCACAUCGCUCAAUGCCCACGGAUAUAAGACCAUCGCGCCUGCGCUGCCAUCAGUCGCGAACGUGCAGACCGCUCCGUGCAAAGAUAUAAACGAAGACACCAACACCGUCCGCAAGAGCAUACUAGCUGAGCUGAACAGUGGGGCGAACGUCAUCGUCGUGCCGCACAGCUACGGCGGUAUCCCCACGACAUCUGCGCUCAGGGGCCUCGACUCUGCUUCACGUACGGCGCAGGAUCGUCAAACCAGCGUGAUCGCCAUCACGGCAUUGACAUCGUUCAUUCUGCCCGAGGGCAUGAACAUACCUGAAGCAGAUCAGAAACCGAUGCCGAGUGGUUUACCCGAAAUCAUGGACCAUCCUCCGCCUGAGUUGUUCUACAAUGAUCUGGGCGAGGAAGACAGGAAAAAGUGGGCAGCGUUGUUGAGGCCGAUGAGCUCGGGGGCGUUGUUCGGGCGCUCGACGUUCUCGGCACACGAGGUGAUUCCGGUGCACUAUUUGUUGGCGGAUGAGGAUAGGGCGGUGAAAUUGGCCACGCAGGAAAGGAUGGUGAAUAUUUUGAAGGCGGGAUUGGUGGAGGGUCAGGUUAGGACUGAGAUGCUCAGGGGCUGUGGGCAUAGUCCGUUUUUGAGUCGGGUGGAGGAGACGACGGCGUUUCUUAGAAAGAGUGCUGGUGAGAAUGUGUAGACGAUGUGGUUGGUUCUGGGUUGUGAAUAUUUGAGGAAUUGGUUUGGCUCUUGCUAUGGCCGCCUCAUAGCAUCUUUCCUAGUGGACGAGGGACUUGCACUUAAGGUUAGAUUAGGACAUACCUUACCGUGGCUGUUGUCUACCUGC